AUGUUUUCGGCCAACGCGCCGCUCCAAUCGUCCUACACCAUCACACUUCCGGUUGAUCACCAUCCCGUGAAGUUUGAAAUCGACACUGGCUCAGCUGUUACUCUCAUCAAUGAGGCCUCCCUUCCGAAAUUACCCUCCCUUCUUCCGGCCAGCUCAACAUUCCGUAGUUACACUGGACAGAACGUAGAGGUUCGAGGGGUCUUUACAGCCGAAGUCGAGCAUGAUGGAGAACUUCAUUACUUGCCGGUUCAUGUGGUGAGAGGAAGCCAGCAACCAAAUCUCCUUGGACGGAAUUGGAUUAAAUGCGUGCCUUCGGUGCUUUCCUAUGUACAUCGGAUUGGUGUAAAUCCGGCUUUAGAUUCAAUUUUGGUAAAUCAUAAGUAUCUGUUUCGUGACGAUUCAGCUACCCACUACCGCGGUCCACCUGUUAAGUUCCAAUUUCAGUCAGAUUUCCGGCCCCGGUUCUUCAAAGCUCGUACAGUCCCCUAUGCAGUCGCACCGAAUGUCGAAGAAGAGCUGGAUCGCCUACAGAAGGCGGAUAUUAUUGAGCCCGUGCAAUAUUCGGAAUGGGCAGCCCCAAUAGUUCCUGUUCUUAAAACCGAUGGUUCUGUGCCUAUCUGUGGCGACUACAAGCUGACAAUAAACUCAGCAACUAAACUAAACCCCUAUCCUCUCCCGCGCAUCGAGGAUCUGUACGCAUCUCUCUCGGGUGGUCAUCAGUUUUCAACUUUGGACCUGAAGCAUGCCUACAACCAAGUCGUCCUAGAUACUGAAUCCCGAGACGCCACCACCAUCAAUACGCAUCGGGGUUUAUUUCGAUAUAAAAGACUACCAUUUGGAGUAAGUUCGGCUCCCGGUUUAUUUCAAUGCUUGAUUGAUAACCUCGUGAAGGAUAUACCUCACGUUUGCGCAUAUCUUGACGACAUAUUAGUCACCGGCCCAUCUGAAGUUAGUCAUCUAGAGACUCUAAACAUCGUGUUAGGACGUUUAGAGGACGCAGGUUUUAAACUCAGGAAAGAUAAGUGCACUUUCCUUGCCGACUCGGUAGAAUACCUGGGCUUCAGGGUGGAUAAAACUGGCCUCCAUCCACUCGAACAUAAGCUCAAAGCCUUGAAGACGGCGCCGCGCCCCAACAAUACUAGUCAAUUGCGUUCAUUCCUGGGGUUGGUCACCCACUUUUGUCGCUUUAUGAAUCAAUCGGCUACAAUUCUAAAGCCUCUUUAUCGACUACUUGAAAAGAAUCGUUGCUGGCACUGGUCGGAGGUCGAACAAAGUGCUUUUGAACAUGCGAAGGCGGCUCUUACCUCCUCAUCUGUCCUAGUUCACUAUGACCCCGAAAAGCCUACCAUACUGAAAUGUGAUGCGUCUCCGUACGGCGUAGGUGCGGUUCUCAUGCACCGAAUGCCUUCUGGUGCGGAGAUGCCGAUUGCCUUUGCAUCAAGAACCAUGUCACAGGCGGAAACCAACUAUUCGCAAUUAGACAAAGAGGCCUUAGCAAUAAUGUUUGGCCUACAUCGCUUCCACCUGUAUCUUUUUGGCCGACCCUUUGAGAUUCACACUGAUCACAAACCCCUCUUAGGCUUGCUGGGAGAAAAACGAGGGAUACAACAGAUGUCCUCGCCGAGAAUGCAACGUUGGGCACUCACUUUGUCUGCUUACACGUAUGCAAUGAAGUACAUUACAGGUAGUGCAAACGUAGUGGCUGACGCCUUGAGUAGGCUGCCUAUCGUGGACGAUGGCAUUAACGGGGCACCUGUUUUUGAGACGGUGAAUCUUUUGCAGAACCUAGUCAACUCACCUGUAACCUGUCAACAAAUUCGACAGUGGACAUCGAGAGACCCUCUCCUGAGUCGGGUAAAAAGAGCCUUGCAAUCUGGCUGGCCGUCCUCUACCUCCUCUGAUUUUCAACCAUUCUUCAGCCGUCAGAACGAGUUAAGUCUACAAGACGGAUGCAUACUAUGGGGCAAUCGUGUAGUUGUGCCACCACAAGGCAGACGGGCCAUCCUCAGAGACCUGCAUAAUGCUCAUCCUGGUACAGUUAGAAUGAAAGCUCUCGCCCGCAGUUAUGUUUGGUGGCCCAAAAUUGACGCAGAUAUAGAAAACGUGGUGAAAGCAUGUCACGUGUGCCAAAUAACACAGAAGACCUUACCGAAGGUUCCUCUGAAGCCUUGGGCCUGGCCCGACUCACCGUGGAAGAGGGUACACGUCGAUUAUUUUGGGCCAUUCCAAGGCCGUAUGGUUUUGGUGGUAGUUGACGCCCACACUAAAUGGACUGAUGCGAUUCCGACAGGAAAUUCUUGUUCUUCACUGACUACAAUCAACAAGUUGCGAACCGUCUUUUCUAAUUUUGGGAUACCUGAAAUGGUCGUUUCAGACAAUGGUCCGGCCUUUACUAGUGCAGAAUUUAAAGAUUUCCUGGAGAAAAAUGGAAUUAGACAUUUAACUACUGCCCCGUACCACGCUGCUUCAAAUGGCCUCGCAGAGCGUGCAGUCCAGACAAUAAAGCACGGACUAGCCAGACAGACAGAAGCGGACUUGGCCACCAAGUUGUCACGCUUUCUGUUCAGCUAUCGCAUAACACCGAACGACUCAAUCGGUGCUUCGCCUGCAGAAUUGAUGUUCAAGCGGCAGUUGCGCGCACGACUCGACCUGCUUAACUCAUCAACGCCGGAUAUAGUCAUUGCAAAACAGACGAAGAUGAAAGAACGUUAUGAUGUGAACACCCGACCACGAGUCGUCGCGCCUAACGAAAGUGUCUACACGCGACUGGAACACGAAACGAACUGGUGUCCCGCGGUAGUUCGAACAAGCGAGGGGCAAAUAGUGGAAUUAGAGUUAGAAGAUGGGAGAAUUGUGCGUCGACAUCUGGACCAAGUUCGAAGCCGAACGGACACAGCAAGUAGAGAAUUCGGAAAGUUCGAACUGCCAGCAACCCUUGAUAGGGAUCCUGACAUCCCGAGGACUGAACCCCUACUGCCUGCACAGAGCACUACGCCACCGACCGAGGCGUAUGUUCCACCUCCUUCUACCUCGUCCAGCACUAGCUUAGGGGCAGAGGAGCCAGUGACCGCACAAAGCGGCGCAGAGGUAGAAAAUACCGCCCUGAGAAGGUCGACCCGAAUCCGCAAACCUGUCCAACGCUUUCAGGACGAAUCUUAUUAG